AUGCGUGUCGAUGUGACCUCACACUUCCGAGAGCUGGCUCCGGUAUAUCCUUCUACUGUACCAAAGAAACUCAGCGUCAUCUCCAUUGAAGCAAUGGAUUUGCUGAGUAAUAUAUUGGAGUUGGAAACGUUGUUGUAUCGAAUAAAACCUCAGUAUCUAUUACCUAAGCGCUUUAUCCGGAUAAAAGGAUCUCGAAUGAGUGAAGACGAGAAGGAUGAGCUGGAUACUGAUCUAAUGGAACUUAUAAAGAAGUGCAGCAGCAGAAUAACUAUCCUGAUGUCGAUGGAAGACGCACAACCUGUGAUUUCAAGUGUACAGGAGCAUCAGAAAGAGGUCGUGGCGUAUUUGCUCGAGCGGUUAAACUGUGUUGCAGACAGCGCGAAGCAAAUGCAAAAGAGAAGAUAUAAGCAGCCUUUUAUAGUGUCACCGCGGUUGUUGCCAGAACAUGAACGACAAGAGCUGGAUAUAUUGGAGCAAAAGCUAGCUCAUAUGAACAAGGAGAGAGCUGUAAUGAAAGAGGCUUCGGCCACGUCUUUAACAAAAGCUGAAGCUUCGGUACUCUUGUCACCCAAGUCGACAGACUCGACAACGUCUGCAUCCCGUGCUAAUUCGGUAUCACCAUUGGCUGCAUCACCAGCAAAGCAUCGAAAAGAAAGUCGGCGCAGUGCCUCAAAAGCUCAAGAUUUGGUGAGAACAACUCAGCAACAAGGACUGGUGCUCCCAAAGAACGAGAAACUUGAGUUCACCAAGGAGGAAAACCGCCGUUUUCGUGCUGAAAAUGUGUUGCUACAUCGACACUUUCAAGAAAAUCUUGAGGAUGCAAAAAAAAUGGAAUUUAAGAUGACUGAGAUUUCCAACCUCAUGGGUCAAUUUGCAGAUAAAAUUAUGGAGCAGCAGACGGAUAUCGAGCUUAUCCAGCACCACGCGCAAGAGACAAAGUCGAACGUCUCUCAGAGCAACCGCAUCCUCGAGCAGACGCAAAAGGUGGGAAAAGGCUAUGGAUUUAUAAUUUUUUGCUUUUACGUGGGUUUCUCCAUUAUCUUGCACAUAAUGCAUUACUUUAACAGCUAA